CAAAAAGUAAUUUCAUCAAUUUCCCCUGUUCAUGAAUCUGAUCGCCCAUCUCAAAUCUCCAUAUUUUUUUAUCAAUCAACAUUCUCAGAUUUUCGUAUAUUCUUCAUGUCGACUUGAUUCUUUAGGUUUUUUUUUCCUCUCAAUAAUUCACGGUUUUAUUGGAUCGAGGAAAAAAAGUGAAUCUGAAAUACGUUUGGAUUUGAUUGCGAUUUGAAAGAGUGGGGACGAGAAAGAAAAAAAGGAUAUGUGGUGGAUCAUUUUGUAAAAGAAGUGUGAGUACUGAGUUCGAUUUGAUCCAGACAAGGAUUUUGCUUGAUUUUUGGAUAAAAAUCUGAAGGAAAUCGUCGCUGAAACUGAGUUGACUCGCGAAAGCAAGGAAGAGGAACCGCGGUUUUUUGUCACUGAAAUGGGGUGUCAAGGCUCUAAGUUAAUGCCAUGUUGCUGGGAUUCACAGUUCAAAGCAGCAGUGUUAGAGGCCCCUGAUAUUGAGAAUGAGGAGAAUAAUGAGGUUGAUAAUGUGCCUGCGUUUCGAGAAUUCACAUUGGAGCAACUCAAGAAUGCAACAUCUGGAUUUGCAGUUGAGAAUAUUGUUUCUGAGCAUGGAGAGAAAGCUCCCAAUGUUGUUUAUAGAGGGAAGUUAGAGAAUCACAGGAGGAUCGCCGUUAAACGUUUCAAUCGAAUGGCUUGGCCUGAUUCACGACAAUUUUUGGAGGAAGCAAGAUCAGUUGGUCAGCUACGCAACAAUAGAUUGGCAAAUUUACUUGGAUGUUGUUGUGAAGGUGAUGAAAGGUUGCUUGUGGCAGAGUACAUGCCCAACGAGACACUCGCAAAACAUCUUUUUCAUUGGGAAACACAACCAAUGAAAUGGGCCAUGCGAUUAAGGGUUGUACUCUAUCUCGCACAAGCUUUAGAAUACUGCACAAACAAAGGGCGUGCAUUAUACCACGAUCUCAAUGCUUACAGGGUUUUAUUUGAUGAGGAUGGAAAUCCGAGACUUUCAACCUUUGGCUUGAUGAAAAACAGUAGAGAUGGAAAAAGUUACAGUACAAAUUUGGCAUUUACUCCUCCUGAAUAUUUGAGAACUGGAAGAGUAACACCGGAAAGUGUAAUAUACAGCUUUGGCACUCUUCUGUUUGAUCUUCUCAGUGGAAAACAUAUCCCCCCUAGCCAUGCACUUGACUUAAUACGAGACAGAAACCUUCAGAUGUUGACUGAUUCCUGCUUGGAAGGGCAGUUUUCUGAUAAUGAUGGAACUGAGCUAGUUCGCUUGGCUUCUAGAUGUUUGCAAUAUGAACCUCGAGAGCGACCAAAUCCUAAAUCUUUAGUUGCUGCUUUGACACCCCUUCAGAAGGAAACUGAGGUUCCUUCACAUGUAUUAAUGGGUAUCCCACACAGUGCUUCCUUCACUCCUCUAUCCCCAGUUGGGCAAGCUUGCUCAAGAGGGGACUUGACUGCUAUACAUGAGAUAUUAGAGAAUCUUGGCUACAAAGAUGACGAAGGAGUGGUAAAUGAGCUCUCCUUCCAAAUGUGGACUGACCAAAUGCAGGAAACUUUGAAUUCAAAGAAAAAGGGUGAUGCUGCUUUCAGGCAGAAAGAUUUUAAAGAAGCAAUCGAGUGUUACACGCAGUUCAUCGAUGUUGGCACGAUGGUUUCUCCAACUAUUUUCGCACGGCGUAGCUUGUGUUAUCUCAUUAACGACAUGCCUCAAGAAGCACUGAACGAUGCAAUGCAAGCCCAAGUGAUUUCCCCAGUGUGGCACAUUGCUUCCUAUCUUCAAGCAACCGCACUCACUGCCCUUGGGAUGGAGAACGAGUCUCAAACGGCACUUAAGGAAGGCGCGACUCUUGAAUCCAAGAGAAGCUCAGUGACGGGGAAAAAGUAAACAGCUAUGCUACAAACCACGCAACCAAGUGUUCGUUCAUUCUGUAAUUCAACCAUAGAAAAUGCAGUCGUUUUCCAUGGAGAAUGGCCAUAGAUGGUCGUAAGGUAAUAGUCACUGAUAUCUUCGCUUUUUUUAUUUAAUUUAUUUAAUGUAUUUUUUUACCCUUAUGAGUGUAUGUGAGAUUUGUUUCAUUCUUUGUUGGGUUUGAUCAAAUUUGUGAAAUUUGAUGUUAACAAAUUAUUCCCAGUCACAUUGAUUGGAAGUGGGGAAACUUUUUUCUCUGUUCACAAGCUUUUGUAAUUUCUGUAUCAAAAUCUUCAUGUGACAUUUGAGAAUUCAUUCUAAAAAAUUUGUGUUAAAUUUGUAA